UGACGCAAGGCCUGCGCCGCACGCCGAACCACGUCGUGCCGUCAUCAGGCCUCGCCGCGUGGGCGUGGCUAGCGUGGCUUCCCGGGACCACCCGAACCCGCGGCCAUGGCCCCGGCCGCCGCCAGCCCCCCGGAGGUCAUCCGCGCGGCGCAGAAGGACGAGUACUACCGCGGCGGGUUGCGGAGUGCGGCGGGUAGUGCUCUGCACAGCCUGGCGGGUGCGAGGAAGUGGCUGGAGUGGAGGAAGGAGGCUGAGCUGGUCUCAGAUGUGGCCUACUUUGGCCUCACCACACUUGCAGGCUACCAGACCCUCGGGGAGGAGUACGUCAGCAUCGUGCAGGUGGACCCGUCGGGGAGGCAGGUGCCCUCCUUGCUGCGCCGUGGCGUGCUGGUGACACUGCAUGCCAUCCUGCCCUACCUGCUGGACAAAGCCCUGCUCCCUCUGGAGCAAGAGCUGCAGGCUGACCCUGACAGUGGGCGACCCUCGCAGGGCAGCCUGGUGCCGGGUGGGCGUGGCUGCUCAGGGGCGCGGCGCUGGGUGCGUCGACACACUGCCGGUCUGCCUGAGCAGCAGAGGAGGGCACUGCUGCGGGCGGCCUUUGUUCUCCAGCAGGGCCUCGCCUGUCUCCAGCGGCUACACGUUGCCUGGUUUUACAUCCACGGCGUCUUCUACCAUCUGGCCAAGAGGCUCACAAGGAUCACGUACCUCCGUGUCCACCCCAUGCCCGGAGAGGACCAGAGAGCCCGCACAAGUUACAGGCUACUGGGGCUGGUGUCGCUGCUGCACCUGGCGCUGUCUGUGGGGCUGCAGCUGUAUGGCUUCAGGCAGCGGCAGCGAGCCAGGAAGGAAUGGAGGCUGCACCGUGCCCUAUCUCACCGCAGAGGCUCCCUGGAGGAAAGAGUCGUUUCCAGAAACCCCCUGUGCACCCUGUGCCUGGAGGAGCGCAGGCACCCAACAGCCACGCCCUGCGGCCACCUGUUCUGCUGGGAGUGCAUCACUGCAUGGUGCAGCAGCAAGGCAGAGUGUCCCCUCUGCCGGGAGAAGUUCCUGCCCCAGAAGCUUGUCUACCUUCGGCACUACCGCUGAGCUGCACCUGGGUGGGCCUGGACACAGAUGACUUCCACGGGAGUCUGACCGCCAAGGUUUAGCCUCAAGAUUCACCUUGCACAGAAAUUAGAACAUUCUCACUCUGGUUUUUGCCAUGUCACACACUAACCCAGCCACCCCGGGAGGUAACAGAAAGCUGCACCUGACUGCACUUUCUCAGCGCUGGCAGGGUGCCCAGAAAUGGAACAUUUCCCCGAGCCCAGCCAGGCACGACUCAGCCACUUCAGCAAUCUCACUGUUUCCCUCCAUUCCCCGAACCACACAGUUGAGAACUUCAGAAGUAGCCAGAAGACAAUUUAUUCAUUUAUACUGUGAGAUGGUGGUUCCAUCAGGCUCGUGUUAAGGCAGUGGACUGAAUGAGUAUGUGUUGAGUUGGGAUGGGGCACGGGGGGCUGUGGUUUGCUUCAGCCAAGAGUGGUCAGAACAACAGCCCCAGGGCCCCUGUGGGAGGCAGUGGGAUUCUCCCCCGGGGCAGCUGGGCAGAGCACCUCCACCAGGACUCAAUGACCACAUGGGCAGAGAGAAACCAACCAAGAUUGGCACCUGUCUGAGUCAUUUGGCACACCUUAAACACACAUCAAGGCUGCUUCCAGUUCUAGAAAAUAGAGAGGGCUCUUCCUGACCCACAUGUACUCGAAUGCCAAGUCGUUGGGCGGGCCAGGGUAGGGGGGCUGCCAGGGGCACCCGAGCCCUCUCCUGGGGGCCUGCUGGGCAGGCAACCUGCUGACCCAGGGUCACUGCUGUGUUCAGCCCCUCAGCUCAGCCCCAGCCUAUUUCCUGCCUCCCUUUGACGCUCCAGGUUUUUAAAACUGCAUUUAACCUGUGCCAGAGACAACCUUGCCAUUGGCAUAUUUAAUAAACUAAUUCCACUGAAAUUUGGGGACGUUAAUAACAAGAUUGAACUUGAGAGUUCACAAAGCACGGUGUUCAAAUGCCUCAAGGGCGUACAUCACAUUCGCCUGCUAACUUAGGAACAUGGAUGACCUGGUAUUCCCAGGUUAAUCAACGUCAGCUUCCGGGGGGGGGGGGUUGUGACCCUCUGGACUGGGCGGAGCACCAGGAGAGGCACUGGGGCUACAGGUGGGUGGGCAGAUGCCUCCAUGCUUCCCACAGAAAGAGCGCGGUCCUCCGUGGGUCCAUCCAUCAGCACCCAGUCCUCUGAUGCACACUGUGCUCUGGCCAUGUGCACAGGACUUCCUGUCACAUCUUGGGGCAGGAGCACUUACUAGGAAAACAGUGUGGAAAGUGACAAACGCUCCUGUCUGGAGUCUGAGAACCCCAAGUGCCUCAACACAGCACCAAGAGCACCAGCUGGGCACAGCACUUGCUGACCUGGGUCAGGGACACAUGAGCAGGACGGGCCUCUUGAGCUUGAUGUCAGAUAUGUAGACACUGGCGAAAGAAUGCAGACAAUAAACAUUCACCGUCUGAAUUCUAAGACGGAAACACUGCCCAGAGUGGGGUGCCUGCACGGCCAGGGCCCUCAAGUGCCUUCCCUCGCGUCUCCGUGUCUCGCCCGGGACCACCACAGGGGUGUUCUGCUGCUGGCAAAACUCAGCUUUUGGGAAGGCCAAACAGAAGCCGAGCUUUCUGGUGUCCAGCGACGUCGUGUUUUAGAUAAAGACUACACAAGAAAGGGCACGCUAUCUUUAAUAAAGUGGAGUGAAAAAUCA